AUGGAGCUUGCGUGGUUGGCGGAGACCCCGCAUUCUAAUCAUCGAAGGAGGGUUUUACGCGCAUGUCCCCGGUGUCAGAUACGGAAGAAACGGUGUCGCCAUGUUGAACCGGUGCCAAGCCCCAGUCGUGCUCGGGUUCUCAACCGUCAAGCCAAGCCGACAGUAUCAGAGGUCACCCAUCCAUCCGGGGAGACUUCAGCUUCCGAUACUACCGUCAGUCCUAAGACUCCCCGUGCUCAAGACGAAAGCACCCGACCAGAGAGAUUUCUAGGAGCCAUGAACCCUGAAUCACUGAUCCGAGAGAAACUGGAUCCAGCUACCGAUGUUAACCCACGUCGGGAUCGAAUUGGUCUUUGGAUCACAUCGCCUGUCGCGGAACGACGCCAGAGGGGUUUUCAGGAUGGCGCUAUUCCCUCAUCACCCUACCCGGUUGAAUUGCAGACCAUUGCGGAUCAACUGCGCCAGAAACAUGAAUCUGCUAUGACUGCUUGCAUGAGGUUACCGUUAUCUACACAGCAACAUUUAAUCCCGAUCUAUCUUUCGAACGUCAACCAUAUCCUGCCCAUCGUUGACCAAGAGGCCUUUCACACAGCCCAGUCGGAGGGAACUGUGUCGCCGUUCUUGGAAAGGGCCAUUUGUCUUGUCGCCGCAAAGGACAAAGCCGCUGCUCCAUACCUUCGGCUUUAUGAUAACGUCCCGGUUGUCUCGCCGGCAGAGUUUUGCACUGAUAUCUAUCGAGGUCUCUCCGUUGUUAUCAACGAGGGCCUGGAACCUGACAGAAUCACUCGAAUCAGGGUAUUGGCAUUGAUGGCUCUACAUUGCGAAGACUCUGAAGGAACAGAGACCGCCUCAAUGCACCUCUACCGGGCCAUUCAUCAAGCACAAGCGGUAGGAUUGCAUUUGAUUCGACCAGGCAAUACGGAGCACCCGCUGUCUGGGCUGUUCUGGUGUCUUUGGACUCUGGACAAAACCCAUGCCUGCAUGGGCGGGCGUGCAGUGCUAUUGGCGGAUCAGGAUAUUAGUAUCAGGAAGCCUGCGGCUAUAAGGAACACUUUGUCGCGACCGCGGACUGCGUUCGAGGUCUGGUUUGCCAUCUCGGAUUUGUUGUCGGAUGUGAUCUAUCUGUAUAGACCAGGCGCGGACCGCAACUCUCGAGCGGCCCGGUGGGAAAGGGGAUUUCCUAGUUUCGACGAGAUUAUAGGCAGUGGGGUGGAGGAGGAUGUUGACAUCGGUACUCUUGGUUUCCUGGAAUUGUUCUAUCAUGCUGUAGGAAUUCUGUUUGCCAGAAACCAUAGCCCAGAACACAUCGAGAGUCCCAGCCCAUUUCAUAUCCGACAGGACCAUGCCGCCAUUCGGAUCCAGUCCAUCGCAGCGAAAGAAUGCAUACACGAUCUGCCACCUCUGCCAAUAGUGCCCUAUGCCUUGUCGCUAUCUAUGGGAGUGUCCUACCAACAGUACCGAUCGAGCAAUCUAAUCACACACCUCAGCCGCUCCAAAGCCGAUCUGGAAGCUCGUUGUAGCUUGCUGGAGAUUCUCAGUCCAUACUGGUAUUCGGCCGAUAAAAUGGCGCAGUUGGGGCGCAAAGCCGUGAACCAGAUCCACGAACGCCCUGACAACCAGCCGGGUUUGACUAUGACUGGGAAUACAACGCAGCCUCCUGUUGGUAUGAGUGGUCACGGAAACCGCAUCACUUGGGUGAAUUCAACUUCGAUCGAUUCAACUAGAGAGCAUUCGGCCAACGCCGAAUCUUCACACAAUGAGCUACAAGAUCUGGCCCUAGAUGGUUUCGCAGAUAUUGACGUCAUAUUUGGUGACUUCUUGGAUCUUUCACUACCCAAUGGUUAUUGGGACCCUGCUUUCCCUAUGACCGCGCUGGAUACCAAUGGGAUGCAAUAA